AUGGAUCCCUCCAAAAAUGCUCUUGACUCACCGGCAACAACAUUUAGUAACGUAUGUGAAAAGGUGGACUUUUAUUAUUCUGAAUUUUAGGUAUCAUAUUUGGGAUCAUCCACUGUUGCCGAUCCUACUAACGAAGCCGAGGUUUCUCAAAUAAUCUCACAACUCAAUGAGGAACUUCGGAGUGGUGCUAUGAAUGUUAAGGUGGCAGUUCCUACAUAUUUUACUGGCCAGAUCGGGUUUGACACGAGUGAAUUAAUAUAAUAUUUAUAAUUCAGAUUGAUCGACGGAGACACGGAACAAGUAAUCCGAACUUUCAAUGUGGCUCAAAUUAGAUGUUGCACGUGUGGCUUGCGAGGAACUAAACAACAAGAAUGUAUUGCGUUUUCUUUUACACAAAACUUCGGAAAGAAGGAUGCUUCUCAUCAAUGCCAUGUCUUCAGAUGUCAGUCGGCUCAAGUUGUAAGGAUCGUGUAAGAGUUGUAACCAAAGCUUUUUUAGGUAGGCCAUAUGCUGCAAUGUUUUCAAAGGGUAUUUGAAAGCAAGAAUCCGACAGCUCCUGGGGUUAGUUUUGAAGAAGAACACGAGUUUGAUAUGUUUUUGGAGAUAAAGGUGGGAUUUUAUACCUAUAAUCUUUAACUGUUUAGGAAGAAGAUGAUAAUGGAAGCGGAUUCACCUUCUGUCCAGUUGAAACCAAUUGUUUCAAAUUUCGGAAGGAUCGGAAAAGGAAGUUCGUUGCAGUAAUCAAACAAACAAAAGGUCCCCGGGAUCUUUGUAUCCGAAAAUGUUUUGGUUUUCUACUGGCAGCCGGGAGAUAUCUCAGAGAAAGUGAUAUGCAACUACUGGAUUCUCAAGAGUCUCAGCAACUGGACAACAAUACAGUUUUUCAAAUUGAAGCUCCGUGGAAUCCCCGAGCGAGAAAUUUUGAAGUUUUAAAUAUUGAGACACCAAAAGGUAGGAAACCAAUAAAUGAUAAAAGUCAUUUUCCAGAGACGAGGGCAUUCAUGACAGUGGCAGUAGAUGUAAUCUUUGAUGGAGUUGACGAAUCAGUCAGAUAUAGCAUGGAAUGCAGAGCUCGCGUUGUCCAUCAGAUGGAGAGCUUCCCUUUCUCCCAGAGAGUCCCCGUUGUCGAACAUUUCUUCAUGAAAUUAAUGGUAAACAGAUUCGUUUAACACUGACUGACACACCUCGCACUGUUAAAUGCUCUUUCCUGUUCCCUUUCCAGGUCGUGGAUGGGAAAUCUAAAAUUACGAGUUUUGAAUCAGCCGCUCAAAGAGAGCGUUCACAAGGCCUUGCGAAUGGGAAAUCGCUCGAGAAAAUGCCAAUUCAACUAAUACAUCCGACCAAUGAUGAUGAAUCAGGUAGGAACCAGUGUUUUUGACCUCUUCGCAUGGUUUGAGUUAUGAAACGGUUUUAGACAGCGAUGAGCCUCUUCUCUCCGGAUCAGGGGUUGUGAAUCGGGCCAUCAGUGAUGAAACUUUCAAAGAAUGGAAUGAAAUGGUGGCUGGAUGGGAAUUGAAGCCGCAGGAGUAAGUGUGGACGAUGAUUACAUUUGUUGUUUCUAUUUAGAAGACCUCAGGUCCUGUCCGAAUUGAUGAUGGCCAAUGGUGGAAUUCCAGAUGUUCUUAGGGAGAAAGUGUGGCCUCUUCUUUCUAAGGCUAUAUUGGAUGUAGAAUUAGAGCAGACAUAUCACAUGUUGCUCGAAAAAGAAUCAGUGGCCGAGCAAGUCAUAAUGCGAGACAUCCAUCGGACAUUUCCUGCCCAUGAUUACUUUAAAAAGGCGGAUGGAGAAGGUCAAUCGAGACUUUACAAGUUAUCCAAGGCCUAUUCUCUGUAUGAUGAGGAGGUCGGAUAUUGUCAGGGGCUGUCAUUCUUGGCCGCGGCGCUACUUCUACACGUAAGUACUGUUUGUAAUAUUUUUAUUUGUUUAGAUGAGCGAGGAAAAGUCGUUUUGUGUUCUGGUGAGGAUCAUGUACAACUACGAGCUCAGGGACCUGUUCAAGCUUGGAUUCGACGCUCUCCAUUUGAGGUUCUACCAGCUUCAGAAACUGAUUGAGGUAAGGUUCGAAGAAUUGAUUACAAAUUCAGGAUUACAUUCCUGAUCUGUACCGGCACUUUACCGACAACAAUGUGGAGACCCAUAUGUAUGCAUCACAAUGGUUUCUGACGUUGUUCACGGCCAAAUUCCCUCUUCAAAUGGUCUUUUAUAUCAUCGAUUUGUUCCUGGCGGAAGUAUGCUAUUGAUAAAAGAUUUCAUUUUCUACUUUAGGGCAUCAACACUAUCUUCCAUGUGGCGGUCGCUCUGCUGCAAGACACCAAGAUGGAUCUCCUGAGGCUAGAUUUUGAGGGGAUAUUAAAAUAUUUCCGUGUAACCCUUCCAAGAAGAUAUCGAUCUGAAGCGGUGGCCAAAGAAUUGAUCGCGAAGGCGGUCAAUUUGAAGGUAAGACUUGUGUGGUUGAAGUCAAUUCGCCUUUAGAUAUCUCAUAAGAAAUUGACAAAGUAUGAGAAGAUGUUCCGGGAAGCAAAGCAGAAUGAACUCGAGACUCUUGAUCCGAAAGAUAGGUUGGAAAGGGAAGUAGCGACUCUGAAGAAUACGGUAAUGCGAUUGGAAAGAGAAAAUGAUGACUUGGCCAGAGAGCUGGUGACUAGCAAGAUCGAUCUGCGGAAUCGACUUGAUUCGGUGGGUUAUUUAUUUAUCCUGGUUUUGUAUUAUAUAUUUUUAGGCCGAAGAUAAACUGGAACAAGCAGUUAUAGCUAAUCAGAGAAAAGCAAAGGAGUGCAAUGAUCUCCAGGACGAGAUAUCAGUUCUUCGUGAGCAGUCUGUCCUUGUAAGUCUUUAUGAAUUUUGUUGUCUAGUAUGUUGUGUAUUAUCGUUAUUGCUUUAUUUUCAGUUGAAGGAAACCUGCACCAACGAAAUGGAUCGUCUUCAGGCCGUCUUGACCAGAUACGAAACUGUGUGUUCCUUUUUUGAAUCUGAUCGGAAUGAGUGUCGGAAGAAGAUUGAGUCGCUCCAAAAGACAAUUUCCUCAUGUCCCAAGUGUAACAACGAGAUCAGUACAGUGGAUGAAUUGUUUAAAGCCGUGUCUUUGGAUCGUGAUGUCCCCGUCUUGGAUAAGUUGAUAUCAAAUGGAAAAAGUAACGGGAAGAAAAGCAAUUCUGAAAGGACAUCUGAUGGAGCGUAUGGCGAAAAGGUGAGUUGGAAUAUUCAUUUGCGUUUCAUUUCUCAGAGUAUCAACUACUUGAUGGAUCUUGUGGCCGAAUACGAAAAGAGUUUAAAACAUGUGGAAUCGGAACUUGUGGAAACAAAGCUGGCCUUGGUAGAAGCCCAAUGCCAAAAUCAAGGAUUAGUGCAUCAAGUAAGAACUGGGGUCUUUUUUUAUCUUUUCCAUUUUAUAGAUGUCAUCACGAAAUCAGAAUUCAUCAGACUCGGCUUGGUUGAAAAAGACCUUAUCGUCAAUCAAAGAAGUCGGAAUGUCCAUCAAAAACAAUGGAGCUCAACCAGAAUAG